AUGAAUUUUACAAUUCCAAACGGUCUUGGAGAUAUGCUGAGGGAAUUCACUGUGUCGGCCAUUAGAAUUAAUCCCGAUGAUCUUUAUGAUUUUGCAGUGGAGUAUUUUACCAAGGCAAGAGACGAAAGAAAGGUGAAGACAGUGCCGAUGUAUAUUAUUGUCGACGAAGAUGAAGAAGCAGGUGAGCCAGAUCCAGAAGCCAUCAGAAAGAAAACAAACAACAACAACCGAUUCGCCAGACGUUCAUCUGUGUCGGCGGAACGUUACGAUCCCGAGGAGGACGAUGACGAUGAUGAAGAUAAAGUUGUGUAUCCCAAAACCGAGGAACAACGGAAACGAUUGGCCGAGGAAGUGUCUCAUAUUUUAAUUUUCAGGGCUCUCGAUCGAGAUCAAAUCAACGACGUUAUUGACGCCAUGUUUGAAAAAACAUGUCAACCAAAUGACGUCAUUAUCAAACAAAAUGACGACGGGGACAAUUUUUACGUGAUCGACUCCGGUUCAUACGACGUCUAUGUUUUGAUAGACGGAGUUGAUAAAAAAGUGAAAAGUUUCAAAGAUCAUGGCAGCUUCGGUGAGUUGGCCUUAAUGUACAAUAUGCCGAGAUCGGCAACGAUCAAAGCAACUACCCCCGGCAAACUUUGGGCCAUGGACAGACUUUCUUUUAGAAGAAUUGUGUUGAAGGCCGCAUUUAAAAAACGAAAACUUUAUGAAGAGUUGUUAGAAAAUGUUCCGAUUUUAAAAGCUUUAGAGUCGUAUGAACGGAUGAAUCUUGCGGAUUCUCUAACGACCAAGGAGUACCAAGAUGGUGCCUAUAUCAUACGCCAGGGAGACGACGCAGACGGCAUGUAUUUUAUAGAAAAAGGAGCGGUAAGUGUAGAAAUAUCAAAUGAUAAAAAGGACGAUAUUAUGACGGUGGGUCAGUUGAAGGGCGGACAAUAUUUCGGAGAAUUGGCCUUGAUCAACAAUAAACCGAGAUCAGCGUCUAUCAAAGCGGUUGGUACAGUGAAAGUGGCUUUCUUGGAACGAGAGUCGUUCGAACGGUUGCUUGGACCGUGUUUGGAUAUAAUGAAAAGAAAUACGGAAAUAUAUAGAACCUAUUCCGACCAAUCGCACCACUAA